AUGAUUAACUUUAAAGAAUUUCCUCCUACUUUUGAUCCCAAUACAAAGCCUCCUGCAUUGACUAUUGGUUUAAUCAUCUUCACCCUUAUACUAUGUGUAAUAAGAACAUUCACACUGUACAACUUGAAUAGUUUAGUUUUGUAUCCUAGGGCUCCGUUAGAUUUGAACCUUAAUAGUCUUUCAUUUUAUUCCAUGGUCCAUACCAACUUCUUUCAUUGGAUAUGCAACAUAUUCACCUUGUUAACUCCUUUGGCAAUCUUUGAAAUGAGAAAUGGUACCAUUCACACAGGUGUCACUUUGAAUUUGUUAACUGUUGUGGCGGGAUUGCAAUAUUGUUUGGCAGGAUUGCUCUUUUAUCCAAAUACAGGAGUUGUUGGGUUGUCAGGCAUUGCUUUUCUGUUCAUGAGUUAUAUGGCCUAUCAGGAAUCUAAGUUUAAACCUAUUUUCUAUACCUGGCAUUUCAACAAUAUGGAGCUCAAAAUUUACACCAUUUACUUGCCAUUUUUCAUUGCUCUCUUCUUCAUGGUGUUGUUUCCAAGCAGUUCUUUUCCUGGACAUGUUACAGGAAUUUUGACUGGUUACUUACUAGCCUUGGGAUAUUUGAAUAAAUUGUACCCACCUUCACACAUUUUGGUAUCUAUUGAGAAGAAGGUGAGCUCCUUGAUCAACCUUUUGGGUAAGAUAGUCACAUUUUACAAAGAAGAUGAGUGUUUGAUUUUAAGAAACAACAAUGAGUAUACUCCUAUGUUGAAUCAAGGCGCUGACAUAGAACAAGGUAUGAGUAACAAUAGUGGUUCUUCCAAUAGUGCUACUUUCCAAUCUGAGACUCGUGUUUUAGGUACCAGAGAUUCAACAGCAUAA